CUAUCUCCAUGGCGACUACCACGGGUAUCAGGUGUUACACCUGGUUUGGGUAGCAUCCCCCAAUGGACUCCAGGCACCUGGCCACCAUUGCCAUGGCCCACCGAAGUUCCUGUCCGGCUCGCCCCAUGGCUCAUUCCCAACCCCAUAAACCCUGGUGUUCCCCAGAUAAAAUGGGACGUGAGUACGCAUCCUAUGACAGCUCGACGUAUAACUGGUGCACAUGUUAUUCUGCCCCUAGACUCGCGAGGGGGUGGAAGCGCAGGCGCUGGAAUAGACCACGAACCAGCGACUUUACCUCCGUCCGAUAGAAUUCUCGUGCUAUGUGAUGUUGGCUCCAUGAGCCAAUUCUGGGGCCCGAUCAUCAUCGAACGACCGGGAGGAAGUGUCACGAUACGUGACCUUCUCAAAGGCAUCUAUGCGUUCUUCCAGACGCGCCUUACGCGUACUCCUAGGAGCAUAUCUCCUCCUCUCAGGCCAGACUAUUAUCGUUUACCACUAGAUGCUUAUCAGAGGAGGGUGACACAAAGACCAUCUGGAGUACUAAGAGAUCGGGAUGGGAGGGAUAGGAUAAGGAGGGCGGAUUGUCUUGGGGAUCGGAGGUGGUGGUGGGAGGUGUGGGUAACACAUAACUCGGAUGGGACAUGGCAGUUAAAUUUGGGACUCGCGAACCCCAUGCACCGGAAUACAUGA